AUGGUGUGUCAAAAGUGUGAGAAGAAGCUGGCGAAGCUUGCCAACCCAGAUGUGUGGCGUGAGGGUGGUCGAAACAAUACGAUGCGUGACAAGGACAAGGGCGCACGGACUGUCAAUGAGAACAUGCUCCUGAAGCACAAAUCAAUAAACAAGGGCAACCCCUACGCUUCGAAGUGCAAGCAUUGCAAAUGUGCUUUGCAUCAACAAGGGGUCUACUGCUCACAAUGUGCCUACACCAACGGCUUUUGCGCGAUGUGCGGCAAGAAGAUGGUGGACGUGUCCAACCACCUCAUGUCCACCACGUGA